CACACAACAACUCCAUGCCACAGCACAUCCCUGCUUCUUUCCGCUUCUUUCCCUUUCUCGAUAAGAAGAUUCUUCGCUCGCGCAGGCACGUAGGACCAUCUGCUUCCAGUGACCAUGUCGAAGAAAGGCAAAGUGAAGAUGGGCCUGGGGGAUUUCUUGGGCAAACAGGCCGCGGGAGCUGCGCAGCCUGUGAAGGGCCACAUUCUGCCGUCAGGACCCGACCCCAACAGAGACCCUGACGAGCGCCGCGGCCCGGGAGGGAGGCGUUACGACGACGACGACGGCCCCGGCGCGCGCUCCGAUGGCGCCGACCAGUGGAGGCGCGGGCCCGGCGGCGGUGGCGGCGGCGGUGGCGGCGGCGGUGGUUACGACCACGAGGGGGGAGGGGUGGCCCCUGAAGAGGGAACCUGGCGCGCGGCCCGCGGCGGCCCCCCUCCCCGAUCCGGAGGCGGCGGCGGGUACGGCGACCGCGACGGCGGCCGAAUGAGCGGCGGCGGCGGCAUGGGAGGCGGGGGUUUCGACCGCCGUGAUGGCGGCGGCGGGGGGCGCAUGGGUGGCGGCGGGAUGAUGGGGGGUAGGGACGGCGGUUACGACAACCCCCCGGCGUCGAGCGAGGGCCGCCCGCGCCUGCAGCUGCAGAGCCGCAAGGCGCCCCCGCCGUUGCCGCCGAUGGGUUCCAAGGAAGACAAGGAGGCGGCGGCGGCACCAGCCCCCGCUCCCAAGCCGGCCGGACCGAGAGCAAAUCCGUUCGGGGGGGCGCAAGCGGUAGACACCACCCAGAGGGACAAGGAGAUCGAGGCGAAGGCCGAAGCCGCGAGACAAACGUCCCUCCGCCGCAGGGACGAGACCGUUCGCUCAAGCAAGCCUACGGAGGUAGGCGGCGAGGACGAGGGCGCGGCUGCUGAUGAUGAUGCCGCAGCGAGGGAAGAUGCUUCUCCCGCUGCUGCGGCGACGGAGCACGGCACAACCGAGACGGUGGCCGACGCUGAGGGCGACGAGAGCGAGCCCGCCGUCGCCGCGCCGAAGGAAGGCGACACGGCGGGGGAGGGGGAGGGCAAGCCGAAGUCGGAGCCGACCAAGCCUGUCGGGCGAUGGGCGGCCCUCCGAAGGGAGGGAGGGGGAGACGACAGGAACGCCGCGCCGGCCGCGGGGGGUUUCCCAAGGAGGGAUCGCGAUGACGACCGGAGAGGUGGCGGUGGCGGCGGGUUCGACAGCCGCGGGGGCGGUGGAGGACGCGACGGGGAACGGCCGUCUUUCGGGAGGAGAAACGAGGGUGACUCCGCUGGCGUGGGUGGCGGGUUCGGUGGUGGCAGGGGCAUGGAGCGAGAGCCUUUCCAGCCCCCGGCGCCGCCCGCGGGCAACGCCUUCGCCAAGCGCUUCGGCUCUAACUUCGACCGCGACUCGGAGCGAUCGUACCCGCGUCCGAACGCUGGAGGCAUGGGCAUGGGUGGUGGUGGCGGUUUCGACCGCAGAGAUGAUGACCGACGUGGUGGAGGAAUGGGCGGCGGCGGUGGCGGCGGAUUCGACCGUCGAGAUGAUGAUCGCCGCGAUAGCGGCGGGAGCGGGGGAGGCUUUGACCGGCGUGUAGACGGCGGCGGCCGCAUGGGGGGACGGGGGGGCUUCGACCGACCAGACGACCGGCGUAGCUGGGGCAUGGGCGGGGGCGGUUACGACCGUAGGGACGAAGGUCGCGGGGGCGGCAUGGGAAUGGGCAGCUCUAGGUUCAGCAGGGACAGCCACGACGACGGGGGCGGAGAGGGAGCCUACCGUCGGCCGGGCGCCGGCUCCCCCGAGGCGCGGGCGAGCCCCCUAUCCCGUCCGUCCGGUGGCGGCGGCGGCUUCAAAGGUGGUCGAGAUUCGUCUACGUCGCCGACAGCGGCGUCCCUGUCCAAGAUGUCAAUCAAGGACCCCAAGAAGGAGGUAGCCGCCGCGGCGCUAGUGGAACCAAAACCCGAGCCUGAGCCAGUGUCGGAGCCGGAGCCGGAGCCGGAGCCGGAGGAACCGAAGGAAGACCCCGUCGAGGUCGCACGCGCGUCGGCGGCGGAGGCGCUGGCGAGCGGAAAGCGCGGCAAGGACCUCAAGGAGUUCGUGCUGGCGCAAGAGAAGCGAACGACCGCGGGCGCGCUGCUCGCCGCGGCCCUCGAGGGCACGGCGUCCCCCGAGGAUAUGAAGUGGAUGGGGAAGGACGAGUUCGGGCCGGCGCUCUCGGCGCUGUCGACGGGCAAGGACAGCACGCAGCAGCAGAUGGGCAUGAUCUACGCGGUCGUGGCCAAGUGCCACGAGCUGGGGUUCCCGAAGAUCGGUGGCGCCGCGGUCGUGCAGACCGUCUUCAUGGGCAUGUACAACGACGACCUCUGCGAGGAGGAGGCCUUCAUCGAGUGGAAGAACGACGUGGACAGCACUGCCGAGGGUCGCACGAAGGCCGUGAUGCAGACCACGCCAUGGUUCGUUUGGCUAGAGUCUGUGGAAGAGGAGGAGGACGAAGACGAAGAAUAAUGAGGGUAAAUCGCUAGCUUGCACCGGAUUUUCGCGAAGGCGUAACGCCUGCUUGGUCGACGAGAUCUCGAAAGUGCACUUUGCCGGGAGUGAUUUUUGUGUGUGUUUUUGGAAACCAACGUCGUCGUAGUCGUGGGAAUUGUCUGACGUGGUGGAUGACUGCAAACGCCGUUCAGUAGGGCGAAUCUCCGAGAUACUUUUGUUUCGUUCUCUUGAGAACAGGGGAGACGAUGCGUGUGUACCAGUAAUCUGAGACUGACUGAAGCAGCUCCAAUGAUUGUUGCCGGGAUUUCGGUCGAGUUUGUUGUCUCCCUCUCGGAGCUCGUGUUUUGUGACUUUAUGUUUGUUCAUUGCUCGUCUUUCGUAAGACGCAUCUUAUUGUUUGGGGUGUCUUGGAGAGGGUGGCCGGGGGGGUUGGGGGGGGGGCAACCUAGUUAGUUAGCUAGGGUGCGAGCGAGCCUCAAACGUGUCGUCUUGGCGUUUGGGCUGUUAGGGCAACACCUCGAACAGCGCAAGGCGGUGAUUAUUCUAAGAACGCGGACUCCACGCGGGACGGGGAUAGGGGUCAACUCGUAGUCCUCUCACGUGUUGCGGUCGCUAGACUUCUGGACUCGAUGUCGAUCAGCAACGACAGUUUUUUUUUCUUCUGAUUUCCGCAAGAGGUAAGGGUCCAUUUCCGCGGGCAUGUUUUUUCGGUUGGUUGGUUUCGUUUUUUUUUUUGUGUGUUGUGUGUGCGGUAAGAACGUAUGGGGGUGACUACUGCUGUAGUUUGCGGUGGUGGCGUUGGCGACUGCCGCCGGUUCAAAACGACGUCGAAAUGGCGCCUCUUUCCACUCACUUGCUCGUAGAGGUGGCUCUUCACAACACGUUAUUUUUCGUGGGUUUGCAUGACGCGUGGGCCGGUGCACUAAAUACUUUUGACUCUUGAUUUAAGCAAUAAGCAACACUGAAGAGUUCCCAGCCGCUGCGUCUGCAUGUCCUUGUUCGAUUUUCGUGGUUUUCAGUUGAUGCGGUCUUGGCGUGUCGAGGCAGGAGAGUCUUACGAUAGAUGAACAAACGGGUCAGGGUAUUGCCCGGACGACGUAAUGUAGUGGUUAAUGGUUGCUGGUUGGUGCUGCGGAGGGGGAGCAAGAUUGGUCGAGCAAUUCGCGCGUGAUUUGAAUGGCGGGGGACUGGUUGUCGGCGAUUGAGCCCUCGGUAUUUACAUGGUGGGACGCCACGAGCAGCGGUGCUGGUCGCCGCGCGGCGCCGGUGGCGUGAGGAGGAGCAGCUCAAUAUUAGAUGCUUGAGUUGUGCGCAGAUAGAUGCCCGCAAAGGCCUGCCUUGCCCACUUGACGCCAUGGAAUAAUGAAUGGUGUUUAGUUACAUAUUCGUUCAUUAGGCCGCGACGAUACGUAACGCUGUGCGUGUGGUAAGCAAUCCUACACAUGAAUGAAACAUGGGUUACACUCUACCUUUGCUGUUUAUUGGUGCCCUAGAUUGAAUCUCUGCC